AUGGGGUCCGACGCUAUCUCCGCCCUCUAUGACUCUCUGAGGUCUCAAUCCAAGCCAUCAAGUGUCGCGCCUGUCCUGCGAUUCUUUCACUCGGUGUGCGCGGCCGCCCAAAACCAUUCUUUUUCCUCCGUCGCCAGCUCUUUCCGCGGCCUCUGCCGCAAUGACAAUGUAAAUUGGGGUCAGGUUGUGUUUUUAACCACCUGUGUAAUCGCCAUGACUGGAUGUGGAUUUUUGUCGUCGCUAGUAAGACCCAGGCGGCUAGGGUCGAAGACCUCUCGUGGGCAACGCUCCGCCGCUCGCAAGAGCUCGACCAAAUCUUCGAAGACUCUGAGCUCCUCGGAGGAGGACGAUUAUGAAGAUGAAGACUACGAUAGCAACGCCUCAUUGCGACAUGGAACCAAUCCCAAUUACAAAGCGAAAGAUUGGCCAUCGGACACUCAGCAGCAAAGCUCUGAUGCAUUUGAAACCGACCCGGGCAUUCUCAGGAAAUUUACCACAUUCAACUCUUACACUACAUCGGUAGCUACCUAUCCCGCUAUUCGCACCUUCUACAGCCCACAUCCACACCUAGCUCGACUCCCGACCAAACCAACUCCUGUCCCACUGAUCGUGGUUGUUCAUGGGCUAGGCGGGUCGCUUGCACAAUUCCACCACCUCUUGACCAGUCUUUCCAAUAUCGCUUCAUGCUUCGGUAUUGAUUUGCCCGGGUGUGGACUAUCCAAGUUUGCGCCUACGGAUUGGAAUGCUUACACUGUGGAAGCUCUGUCCGAACUAUUGGCCGAAGCUAUUGAUCAACACCGGGACCGGGCAUCUGGCCAGGAAAUCAUUCUAGUGGGACACAGUCUCGGAUGUUCCUUGUCUGCCCUCUUGGCAUCAUCGACAUCGUCUAUUGGUGCAAAGGUGAAAGAGCACAUAAUCGGCCUUGUUGCUGUGUGCCCUCGAGCCGAGCCUCCAUCAGCAGAAGACGCUACCAAGUUUCGCCGCGCGCUCUAUAUUCCUGAUCCCAUUUUCGAUCUUUGGCGUCGCUGGGAUAGACGUGGAGGCGAACAGAGUGCUAGUGUUAUGCGGAUGGUCGGCGUCGCUGCCGACGUGGAAACACGACAUCUCCAGGUGCGCUUCAACAAGCAAAGUCGGACGCCUGUUUGGCGACGCAUGGCGUGGGGCACACUUCCGAUCUACGAAAAUGGCGGCCAUCCGAUUGGUGGACUUCCCGGCCAACAGGUCUGGGCAGGAAUCCGCGUGCCAGUUCUGUUGGUCGCGGGAGAGACGGAUUCUGUGACUAAACCGGCGGAGGUGCAGAUGCUUCUGAAAUUCUUUGGUGAUGCUUCAGCCCAUACCACGAUUGACACCAAAGAUAGCAGCAUCAUCCCAGACGCUUCGCGAGUCCAUGACCAAAUGUCAACUCCAGUCGGCAACCUCGUCAAUGAGAAUGUGUUUGGUGUGCAGGUCUCCGAGAAGUAUCUGGAGAUUGGCCAGCGGAAGCGAGUGGUCAAAUCGGCAAUUUUGCCGGCCGCAUCUCAUGCACUGCUCUACGACCGAGCAACCUAUCGCACCCUUGCGGGGAUUAUCCAGGAUUUCCUCUCGUCAAAUGUUGACAAGCGUCUCGGUCUGGGCUGGCAAUUGCAGCACAUGAAUACAUCUGGAAAGUGGGAUGUCAAGAACCUCGCCAAAUGGAAAAAAGUUGCCCCGGUCUCGGAACGAAUUGCCAACACAUUUGCCGCGCUCAAGAUGUUGCGCGAGGUUGACGAGGAACACAACCCUGCGACUUUCUCCGCGAAGUACCGUGAUCGCAUCUACGCCGUGAUAGACAUCAGUCAUGAAAGCCCAGUCUACAACCCGACCGAAUUGGAGAAGGGUGGGAUUUGCUACUAUAAGCACCCGACUAUAUCCAAGAUUCCUCCGACUCCAGACGAGACACGCGACUUCAUCGCCUUGGUCAAUAGCAUUCAAAAAGACAUUGAUAAGAAGAUGGAGCAGCGUACGGAAGAAGAGAAGCUUUUGCCACGUCCAGUGGUCGGCGUUCAUUGCCACUAUGGCUACAACCGCACCGGGUUUAUGAUCGCUUGCUAUUUGAUCGAGCAUCUUGGUUUUGGUGUGCAAGAUGCCAUUGACGAGUUCAACCGGUGCCGACCUCCCGGCAUCCGCCAUGGUCAUUUUAUUGACACUCUAUUUCGACUCUUCGACUUCGACCCUGCCCACCUCGACGCCCAACGCCUCUCUCUCUCUAAUCCCUACCCUUCGACCCCUCGACAAGUCGCCAAAAUGGGUGGUGUUACCGUUCGCGAUGUGGACGCGCAGAAGUUCAUCUCUGCCUACUCUGCUUUCCUGAAGCGUCAGGGAAAGCUCCCCAUCCCCGGAUGGGUUGACACUGUCAAGACCUCUGCUUCCAACGAGCUUCCUCCCCAGGAUGCUGACUGGUUCUACGUCCGCGCCGCCGCCUGUGCCCGUCACAUCUACAUGCGCAAGACCGUCGGUGUCGGUCGUCUUCGCAAGGCCCACGGCUCCACCAAGAACCGUGGCUCCCGCCCCGCCCACCACGUCGAUGCCUCCGGCUCCGUCGACCGCAAGGCCCUCCAGGCUCUUGAGAAGAUCGGUGUCCUCGAGACCGAUGAGGAGAAGGGUGGUCGCCGCAUCACUCAGAGCGGUCAGCGUGAUUUGGACCGUAUUGCCAAGACCACCGUCGACGAGGAGGAGGAGUCUGAUGAGGAAUAA